CAUGAAAACACGCAUGCGCAAGAAGAAGUGAAAGCAAACGCACCAUCAUCAACAACAACCCAGUUGGCAGUGUGUAGUCAGAUGUUCCUGUCAUGAACUUGUGUUCGGAAAGGUGUCGGAUAUUGUUUCACAAUCGAAAAGAGACGUCAAAGUUAGUCUAAAUCGGGUUUGUAGCGAAGAAAACAGAAGUGAAACUUGUGUUCGGAGCGGGACUUUGUUAAACUCGCUGUAAACAGUUGAGUGAGUCUGCGCACUUGCUUCCUGUUAUUGGCGGUUAUUGACAUUUUAACAAAGAAACACAAUGUGAGACAAACCCACACAGGGAUUCUCAGUCCGUGGACGCCGUGGGACAGGAGGUAACCGACCCCUGGGAGCCCUCGUGGUAGUGUUUAUUCGGUGCUCCUUCAUGUGCCGCUAAGAUGUCGUUGAGUUCCGGCGGUUGGACUCACAGCCCCGCCGCCCUCCCCGCUCACCUCCACGGGGCCUCGAACUCGCAACUCGGCUGUCAAACCGUCCUCAUGUCGGUCCGGGUGUCGGUUUGCCAUUCUGGAAUUCGGCCGCUGUGUCUUCCGGGGGCAGGGGAUGAAUCACUCCGCCUGCAGCUCAGCAUGGACCCGGGGAAGUUCGGGGAAUUCCGGCUGUCGCUCCAGGACAGCGGCGGCGGGACUGGACGGAGUGUGACCAUCGCUGUGUUUGAUUUGAGAACUGUAAACUAUGAGGUGAAGUCACCGAAGUGCCAUGAGUUGAGUUUGGCAGCGCCGCCUCAUGAUCGCAUCAGCUUCAACUUCCGUUGUGAGCAGGAGGCCCAGGAGUGGGCGACGGUGGUCCUGUCAUCACUGAGGGAAGCACACAGGGUUGCUCCUCAAGAUACUGAUUUCCAGAACACCGUUUCUCUGCAACAAACUGAGGACACAUGCAUAGAGCUGACCCGAGCCAUCGAGGCAGGCGACCUGCAGGCCGCCUCUGUCUUUGCUGCUACACUUGCCCGUCAACAUGCCACACUUAAGAUUCAGCCCUCUGCCAAAGAAGCCAAUAGUGAAAUCAAUUUGGCUGUUGUCGUUGAAGAUUGUCACUCGUCCUGCUGUGUGACUGUAAAGGUUUUCCCACAAAUGACUACAGCAGCUCUGAAACAGCAGAUGUUUCUUGAAUACGGGUUUCACCCAAAGGUGCAGCGCUGGGUGAUCGGUCAGUGCUUGUGCGCCGACCAGCGCUCUCUGUCCUCAUACGGCGUUCGCCAAGAUGGUGACACAGCGUUCCUGUACCUCCUGUCAGCCCGCCAUGCCCGUUUGACACUCCAAGUCCUCCAGCAGGACCAGGAGAGUGCACUCCUCCUCAGUCCUUCAUCUGUUCCCAGUCCUACUCUUCCUUUUACCUCUGUGAACGGACCCACAUCUCAAGACCGCAGAUCGUGCACCACCCUGCCACCUCGACUCAGCACUAGCAGCAACAUGGUAGGCGGGUCAGAAAGAGGAAAUGUUGGUGAUAUUAGACAUCUCAUCAACCUAGAGAUGCCCCAGCUCAAUGAAGCUUUGAGGUCCAACUCAGCUGCCACACAGGGCUGGUCGUGUCCUUCUUGCACGUACAUUAACAAACCGACUCGUCCGGGCUGUGAGAUCUGCAGCACAAACCGCCCUGAGAGCUACGUCAUCCCCGGCGGGUACCGGCCCGAUGCACUGGAACUCAGACGAAUCCAGCAAGAGAAGGAGGCUAUCAGACAAUAUCAGCAGGCAAGAGAAGAAGAGCGCAGGGAAAACUUUGCCCGACUGGUGAUGAUGGAUGGUCAGGAUCUGGUUCCUAAUCCAGAAAGUGUGGAGUGUAGGAUCUGUUACGUGGAGCUCCAGCCUGGGGAAGGGGUUCUCCUGAGAGAAUGUCUGCACUGUUUCUGCAGAGAGUGUUUACGGUCGGUCAUCAUGCUGAGCGAGGAGCCGGAGGUGUCCUGUCCCUACAGAGAUGACACAUAUGCCUGUGCCUGUUCACUGCAGGAGAGAGAGAUCAGAGCUUUGGUUUCAGCAGAGGAGUACGAGCGCUGGCUGCAGAGGGGUCUGUCAGUGGCAGAGUCUCGAUGUGAGGGGAGCUACCACUGUGCCACUGCAGACUGUCCAGGCUGGUGUGUGUAUGAGGACAUAGUCAAUGUGUUUCACUGCCCUGUCUGCAGGAAACACAACUGCUUAAUCUGCAAGGCUAUUCAUGAGGGAAUGAACUGUAAACAAUACCAGGAUGAUCUCGCAGUGCGUGCUAUAAAUGACUCCGCUGCCAGGAGGACAACACAUCUACUAAAGACUCUUGUGCAGUCGGGUGAAGCGAUGCAUUGUCCCCAGUGUGGCAUCAUCGUGCAGAAGAGGGAUGGAUGUGAUUGGUUACGUUGCACUGUCUGCCAAACUGAGAUCUGCUGGGUGACCAGAGGGCCCCGCUGGGGGCCAAAGGGUCCGGGAGACACCAGUGCAGGAUGCCGCUGCAAUGUCAACAAUCAGAAAUGCCACCCGAAAUGCCAGAACUGCCACUGAGAAACUCAAGAGCUGUGACAUUAUGGAAUGGAAUGGAAGACUGAACUUGAAACUCACUCUCCUUUAAAAUAUAGAGGACGGCUGAAGUAUAUUAUUUAAGUGAACUGUUAGAUGCAGUGCAUCCCCCUCAUCUUAGCUAACAUCUAACCACCAGCACUUGAUGCAGAAAUAUCUCCGCUUGGCCGUCCAAUGUAAUAAAAUACCAGAAAUGAUUUAACGACAUUUACGCCUGCUAUAAACAAGGAAAAGGUAUAAUUAUAUUGGACUCGAGUGAAACUAAGUGUGGUUAGAAGAGUGUGGGGAAAGUAUUAACUUUCUUUGUUUGUGGUGCCUUUUUUCAAGUGAUUGCACAGCAGAUUUAGCAAUACAUUUGUGUUGUUUUGGCACGUAAACACUCAGAUGCAUUAAACAAAAGUGACCUUAUUGUAGAGCACAAGAGCUGUAACAGAGUUUAUGAUGACAUUUUCCUGGAAAUAUAAUGGAAUCCUUGUUUAUUAUGCAAUAUUCUGCACAGAGAUAUAUAAAAAGAAGUCAAUAAGUUAUAUGUAGUUUUAUGUGUUGUGUUUCUGUUUGGGCCUAACCAAAGACAUUAGAGGUAGUGACUGGUUUUGGGUCUUUUUGAGUGGAACUAAACUGUGUUUCUCACAUGGGUUUUUGUGUUUGACAAACAGAGUGACACUCUCCGGUGGGUGCAGAGGUCACAGAGGCAGUUUGUUGUGUUGUACUGCUGAAUGGCUGAGUUUAGUGUAGUGACGUCAUCUACUAAUGUCCCAACAUACUGAUUAAUUGUCUAAUAUUUAUUAUAAUACUGGAGGCACAUACGUUGGGUGGAUAAGCUUUUGUUAUCUGUAAGAAGCACACACCUGCUUAGUGAUAUUGGCAAAAAUAAACAACCUGUCCUGUUUUCAUUGGCUUGUUUAGAUUUAUGGAAAGAUACACUUGUGGCACAAUUCUUGAUUUUUUUCUUUGCUUAUUUGUGUACACGGCAUGAAUCUCUUACUUAAAUUCAUGUAUUAACAAGAUUUCCUGUAUGAUCUUUACAAAAAUAAGUGGUUGUAGUCUCACCAAAUGAAUCCCAGACCAGCACAGAGUAUAUUGUACACUACUGCCCUGCACUGACAAGCCAUAAAUAACUGUUUACUCUCAGCGGUGUUGCUGACGUAAUGCUGUGCCUUAAUUAUAAAUAAAACACCCUUCAAACUCAGA